ACACGACAGGCCAACACAACCGUUACGAACCCGUGUCUGGUGUCACCCUUUGUUGUGCGCAACCUAAAACCCUAAACCGAGCUGAUGGCGCGGUCGGGGGCGCUAGCCGCCUCUGCCGCUUCCAUGGCCUUCACCUCCGGCCAUUCAUGGCGGAUCAUCCCUCGCCCCGUCCUUGAAACAAUCCUCAACAACUUCGCAAACCAUCUCCGCGUCCCACAACCCCUACUCCUCCAUGGACCCCGUGGGGUCGGCAAAACGUCGCUUCUGAUCCACCGUCUACUCCCAGAAUGGAACAAAGGCCCUCACAUCACCGGCUACGUAGACUUCGCCGCCAACACUAGCGUACCCUGGACCUCUUCUCCCCCUGGUGACCUCCCCUCCUUCACCAGCCGUCUCGAGCACGAGCUCGAAGCCAUGGCUGAGCGAGGCGUUCGCCUCGGAACCAUAGGCAGUGCUUCCGUUUUCUCCGCGCUUAACAAAUGGCACGGCGUGGGCGGCGCUCUCCGCCGGCUCAUCGGGCCGGGCCGACUUACAAAGCGCGACGAGGCGGUACCAGUUUCUGCGCUUUGGAACAAGGCAUUGAUCGCUUUUAUGGCCCGGAUUGGGGAUGGUGAGAUUGAUGUUUUGCUCGGAGAAGCGGCUUCGCGAGAGGAGGCGGCGUUCAUGAGGGAGGCUGUGGUUGCGUUGAGGCUUGCGAAGGAGGUACUGGGAAUGCAUCAGGAGUGGAGGAGGGAGGCGGUAAUGCAUCUCAACCGCACGGGGCGUUUCUCGAGGUCCCUUGUGAAUUCUGCCACGGAUUGGCCUUGUCUCCUUCUACAGAUACUGUCGGAUGCUGCCGAGAUCGAUUUCUUUCAGCCGAAGCUUGUUAUAAAUAACAUUGAUGUUCUUCGGAGGACAGUCAUAACAGAUGAUUCAGCUGUUCCUGCUGCUAUGUAUCAUGACAGUUUAAUAUGGAGAGUGGUGGAGAUGGGAGUGAACGACAAAUGCUUGCCAGUAAUUUUUAUUACAUCAGACAGCUACUAUUCUUAUCAAGCAUUUAUAGAUUUUGGCUUUCGUGACAUGUUCAUCUUUCGUGAGACCUUUGGUUGGACGCAUGAACAAGCUAAGCUGCACAUGACAUCUGAUUUUUUUAGUGAAUCUGAGUGGAAAGUGAUUGAUGAGGUUCUUGGUCCAAAUCCUCGGCACCUCUCUGAGCUUUAUGCUCUUAAACAGACAGAUUCUUAUCAGCAUCCUAACAGUCAAAGUAAUUUCGAGGAUAUUGUUGAUGUUUAUCUGGCGUAUUUACAGGUGACUGUGGUCAAUCCUGCCAUGGAGUCAGCAUUGGCUCUCCUGCAGAAAUUUUCUUCUGAUGUACGGAAUGGGAAAAUUCUAAAAGAGCAGUUGCAUUUUGGUGCUCCUUGGAGACAUCCACCUCCUACUGAUGAUCCUGUUGCUUCUUUGAAAUGGGCUAAGAUUCAACUAAUGGAUUUUGUUCAAUCUCUUGUCAAUACAGAAUUUGGGGUGAAUUAUCUAGCUGACAAAAGCUUUGAAAUCCUAGACGAUCCAGCAUUAGUUGCGAUGCUUGAGGUUGGAUUACUCUAUCAGCAACGAGAUCCAUCUUUCAUACGUCCAAUUACAGUUGGUAUUCAAAGAUGUAUUGUGAGAUGGCUUGUACAAGAAAGAAUGCAAAUGAGCUUUCCAGAUUACAUGUCAUUCCUGUGGCAACGUAUUAUACGUGGAAGGAGCUAUCGGCAUUUGAUGAAAGAAAUAGGAUAUAAAUAGGUUUUAUGUUCAUUCAGGUAAUUUAACUUGAUUUUUUUGCUGCAAAUUUGAAUUAUUGAACUCAAUAAUAUUUUUUUUAACACAAUAAGUUUCAACCAUUAAACAAUCAAAUUACAGCCAAUCAAGCAAACACAAAUUAUAUAUAAAUUUGAAUUCAAUAAUUUUGAUGAUCAGAAAAUUACUACACAAAUGUUGAAAAGUUAAGAAUGAAGGUGAAGAAUAGAGUGACUCAAUGAUGAGAAAAACAACCCUCUGUUAUAAUAUUUCAUGUAAGUUAUAUGUUUUAUUAUUUAAUUGCUUUGCAUUGUUUGAUGUCAUUUGUUCAAGGAUCAUAGAACAUGAAACUAACUAUGAUAUUAAUAAUUUUACAUUCUGCCAUGCGCUCAUCAGUAUAAAUUGUUUGGUCUAUUUGUGAAACUUUUUGGAGGUUGAGAGGAAGCAUUACAUUUUUUCUUUACAAAUUAUAAGAAAUGCAAAGACUUGUUUUGAAUUUCUCAUCUUUUGUGUAUAAAAAUGCAAUGUUUUAUGAGCACCGUAGCUUUACCUCGGCC